CCGGAGGCGCCGUCAGAGGGAGAACACCAGGCGCUGCGCGGGCGGUUCCGGCUCCAGCUCCGGCCCGGGAGAGGCGCGAUGGCUAGCAGCGAGAGCAGCCACGCCGCGGACAGCGCCCUGGGCUCCGACGCGGACGAGGAGGUGACCCUGGGGCCAGACACUGAGGAGGAGUCGGGGGGCGAGGAGGACGAGACGGCCGCGGAGUCGGAGUCGGAGCCGGAACCGGAGCCGGACGCCAGGUUAUCAGACCAGAAUGAAGAGGGCAAGACCAAGCAGAAGUGUAUCAUAUCUGACCCCUCCUUUUCCAUGGUAACAGUUCAACGGGAAGAUAGUGGAAUAACCUGGGAGACCAAUUCAAGUAGGUCUUCCACUCCUUGGGCCUUGGAAGAAAGUCAGACCUCUGGUGUGUGUAGUCUGGAAGGGUCGACUCUGAAGUCUCCUCCAGGGAAUAUUUCCUUUAUUGUGGAUGAAGUUAAAAAAGUUCGGAAAAGAAAGCCUAAGUCAAAGCAUGGCUCACCAUCACUGCGUCGGAAAGGCAACAAAAAAAGAAAUUCUUUUGAAUCCCAAGAUGUUCCAGCAAACAAAACAAGUCAUCCUUUAAUUUCAGAAAGUCAGGAACUAAAGACCCAGAAAGAGAAGUCGUCUACUGGCAUUUACGAUAAGAUGAGAAAAAAGAAGACCACCUCAACUACACCUCCUGUUACUGGAGCGAUAUACAAAGAACACAAACCAUUAGUGUUAAGGCCAGUCUACAUAGGAACAGUACAAUAUAAAAUUAAGAUGUUUAAUUCUGUUAAAGAAGAAUUAAUCCCUUUACAAUUUUAUGGAACAUUGCCAAAGGGUUAUGUAAUUAAAGAAAUACAUUAUAGGAAGGGGAAAGAUGCGUCCAUUAGUCUAGAGCCAGAUUUGGGCAAUCAUGGUUCUAAUGUAGUUUCUAAAACAGGCAAAUCAGUACCCCAAGGCAUAGACAAUGAUGAAGUAAAAGAGCUUGCUGCACCCUGGAGAGGUGCAGUUUCCAAAGGAUCAAAGUCCCUGACCUCAUUCAGUCAUGAAGAUCAAAAGAAAAUUUACGUUGAUUCUCCCUUAAGGGCUGCAUCUACUACCAAGCACACACCUUCCUCUUAUACAAGUAAUGACACAGCAGAACAAGAAACACAGCUCAGCGCUCCACAGUCAGUGCCACAGCUGCCAGCUGGUGAAGCAAAACCCCGUGAGAUAGAACCUUCCUCUCUUACACCCAACACAUCUGCACCUGCGUUCCUGGAAACGGCAAAGGAAGAAUCUGAGGCUGAUUCACGAGAAACGGUAAAUGCAGAGCAUGACUCUUCAGUCUCACUGCCGUUAGUGGAUGAGGUAAAGAGGGAAGAUGAGGCAGAGAAGGGUUCUCUGGAAACACUUUCACCAGUUCUGACAGCCUCUAUCCAGGAAGAUUUUGGCCCAGAGAGAGAAGAACUGGAUCUGACUUCACCAGAAAGGGCAAAACCAGUCUCUGAACGACUGAACCCUCCUCAUCUCACUGUCAAAGGGGAGAAGGAUGAAAACAUGCCCGAGCCAUCCAUUUCUCUUUCUGAACCUCUAGUGUUACAGGAGCCAGAGAAAGAAGAAAUAGAAACGCCUCUACCAAUAUAUGCUACCCCUGAACCUGAAGAUUCUAAUUUAGUGGAAGAAGAGAUCAUAGAACUUGAUUACCCAGAAAGUCCAUCAGUUUCUGAGGAGCCCUUCCCACCACGCUUGGCCCCUGAAGUGGAGCAGAAAGAAGAGGAGACCAUUCUGCCAUUACUGACGACAUCAACACCUGAACAUGUCACCUUGUCUGAGGAAGAAAGAGAGGAAAAUGAGUCUGUUUCUACUGAUUCUGCUUUCAUAUCGGAGUAUUCAGUCCCACAGGAUUUGAACUAUGAACAAGAGGAGCAAGAAGUUGAGCUAGUUUCUUCACCUAAUGUAAAACCUGUAUCUGAACAUGCAGUUUUGUCAGAAGAGGAGAAUGAUGAAUUUGAGCCUUAUUCCCCAGCUUCAGCCUCUGCAUCUGUCUCACCAUCCACAACUGAGAAGACUCCUGAAUGCCAGUCCCCACUGUUUUCAACAGCUACAGCAGAGCACAUCGUCCUGUCCAGAGAAGAGGCUUUAGAAAAUGGGCGUUACCCACCACAUUCCACAUCUGCUUCUGAAUAUUCAGUUCCCUCACAGGCAACAAAAGAGUCACCAAAGAAAACAACUGACCAUAAGUCCCCAUUAACACCAAAAGGUGUGUCUGAGCCCCUGAUUCCGUCAGAAGAAGAGAAGGAAGACACUAGGCUGUAUUCCCCAGAGGUGGCCUCUGUAUCUGAACAUUCUCUCUCACCAUACACAACUGAGGAGACUUCUGAAUGCCAGUCACCACUGCUUUCAACUGCUACAUCUGAACACAUGGUCCUAUCAGAAGAAGAGAACCUAGGAAAUGAGCAUUUCACACCAGAUUCAACACUGGCCUCCCAAUAUGUAGUCCCACCAAAUGUAACACAGGAAUCCCCAAAGAAAAUAAUUGGUGAUGUCUCCCUGUUGAAAUCACAAGGUAUUUCUGAGCAAAAGACUCUGUUAGAAGAAGAGAAGGAGGACACCAGAUUCUAUCCCCCAGAGGUGGCCUCUGUAUCUGAAUGCUCUCUGCCACCAUUCACAACUGAGGUGACUCCUGAAUGCCAGGCCCCACCACUUUCAGCCAACCCAUCUGAACAUGUGGUCCUCUCAGAAGAAGAGACAGUAGAUAUGGAGUGGUACACACCCUCUUCCACCUCUGCGUCUGAAUUUUCAGUACCACCAUAUGCAACACUGGAGUCACAGGAGGAAGAAAUUGUCCACAGAUCCCCUUUAAAUCUAAAAGGUGCCUCCUCACCCAUGAAUUUCUCAGAAGAAGAGCAAGAAGACAUUGGACCUUUUUCUCCAGACUCUGCAUUUGUGUCAGAAUUCUCAUUUCCACCCUAUGGAACUCAGGAGACAGAGAAAAGAGAAUUUGAGUGUGAUUCUCCAAUAUGUUUAACAUCACCAUCUGAACACACAAUUUUGUCAGAUGAAGAGAAGGAAGACACUAGGCUGUAUUCCCCAGAGGUGGCCUCUGUAUCUGAACAUUCUCUCUCGCCAUACACAACUGAGGGGACUUCUGAAUGCCAGUCACCACUGCUUUCAACUGCUACAUCUGAACACAUGGUCCUAUCAGAAGAAGAGAACCUAGGAAAUGAGCAUUUCACACCAGAUUCAACACUGGCCUCCCAAUAUGCAGUCCCACCAAAUGUAACACAGGAAUCCCCAAAGAAAAUAAUUGGUGAUGUCUCCCUGUUGAAAUCACAAGGUAUUUCUGAGCAAAAGACUCUGUUAGAAGAAGAGAAGGAGGACACCAGAUUCUACCCCCCAGAGGUGGCCUCUGUAUCUGAAUGCUCUCUGCCACCAUACACAACUGAGGGGACUCCUGAAUGCCAGGCCCCACCACUUUCAGCCACCCCAUCUGAACAUGUGGUCCUCUCAGAAAAAGAGGCAGUAGAGAUGGAGUGGUACACACCCCCUUCCACCUCUGCGUCUGAAUUUUCAGUACCACCAUAUGCAACACUGGAGUCACAGGAGGAAGAAAUUGUCCACAGAUCCCCUUUAAAUCUAAAAGGUGCCUCCUCACCCAUGAAUUUCUCAGAAGAAGAGCAAGAAGACAUUGGAUCUUUUUCUCCAGACUCUGCAUUUGUGUCAGAAUUCUCAUUUCCACCCUAUGGAACUCAGGAGACAGAGAACAGAGAAUUUGAGUGUGAUUCUCCAAUAUGUUUAACAUCACCAUCAGAACACACGAUUUUGUCAGGUGAAGAGAAGGAAGACACUAGGCUGUAUUCCCCAGAGGUGGCCUCUGUAUCUGAACAUUCUCUCUCGCCAUACACAACUGAGGGGACUUCUGAAUGCCAGUCACCACUGCUUUCAACUGCUACAUCUGAACACAUGGUUCUAUCAGAAGAAGAGAACCUAGGAAAUGAACAUUUCACAACAGAUUCAACACUGACCUCCCAAUAUGCAGUCCCACCAAAUGUAACACAGGAAUCCCCAAAGAAAAUAAUUGGUGAUGUCUCCCUAUUGAAAUCACAAGAUAUUUCUGAGGAGAAGACUCUGUUAGAAGAAGAGAAGGAGGACACCAGAUUCUACCCCCCAGAGGUGGCCUCUGUAUCUGAAUGCUCUCUGCCACCAUACACAACUGAGGGGACUCCUGAAUGCCAGGCCCCACCACUUUCAGCCACCCCAUCUGAACAUGUGGUCCUCUCAGAAAAAGAGGCAGUAGAGAUGGAGUGGUACACACCCUCUUCCACCUCUGCGUCUGAAUUUUCAGUACCACCAUAUGCAACACUGGAGUCACAGGAGGAAGAAAUUGUCCACAGAUCCCCUUUAAAUCUAAAAGGUGCCUCCUCACCCAUGAAUUUCUCAGAAGAAGAGCAAGAAGACAUUAGACCUUUUUCUCCAGACUCUGCAUUUGUGUCAGAAUUCUCAUUUCCACCCUAUGGAACUCAGGAGACAGAGAACAGAGAAUUUGAGUGUGAUUCUCCAAUAUGUUUAACAUCACCAUCAGAACACACGAUUUUGUCAGGUGAAGAGAAGGAAGACACUAGGCUGUAUUCCCCAGAGGUGGCCUCUGUAUCUGAACAUUCUCUCUCACCAUACACAACUGAGGGGACUUCUGAAUGCCAGUCACCACUGCUUUCAACUGCUACAUCUGAACACAUGGUCCUAUCAGAAGAAGAGAACCUAGGAAAUGAACAUUUCACACCAGAUUCAACACUGACCUCCCAAUAUGCAGUCCCACCAAAUGUAACACAGGAAUCUCCAAAGAAAAUAAUUGGUGAUGUCUCCCUGUUGAAAUCACAAGGUAUUUCUGAGCAAAAGACUCUGUUAGAAGAAGAGAAGGAGGACACCAGAUUCUAUCCCCCAGAGGUGGCCUCUGUAUCUGAAUGCUCUCUGCCACCAUACACAACUGAGGGGACUCCUGAAUGCCAGGCCCCACCACUUUCAGCCACCCCAUCUGAACAUGUGGUCCUCUCAGAAAAAGAGGCAGUAGAGAUGGAGUGGUACACACCCCCUUCCACCUCUGCGUCUGAAUUUUCAGUACCACCAUAUGCAACACUGGAGUCACAGGAGGAAGAAAUUGUCCACAGAUCCCCUUUAAAUCUAAAAGGUGCCUCCUCACCCAUGAAUUUCUCAGAAGAAGAGCAAGAAGACAUUGGACCUUUUUCUCCAGACUCUGCAUUUGUGUCAGAAUUCUCAUUUCCACCCUAUGGAACUCAGGAGACAGAGAAAAGAGAAUUUGAGUGUGAUUCUCCAAUAUGUUUAACAUCACCAUCUGAACACACGAUUUUGUCAGAUGAAGACACCGAAGAAGCUGAACUUCUUUCUCCAGAUUCAGCAUCACAAACUUCCAUCCCACCAUAUAGGAUCCCAGAAACAAAUGAGGAGGAAACUGAGCCUGAUUCACUGUUAACUGCAAUGGCUGCGUCAGGAUAUUCCUGCUUCUCAGAAGAAGAUGAUGAAGAAAUUGCACCAACUGCUACACCUAUACCUGAGCAUCUAAGUUCAUCACAGAAGCAAAGAACUGAAUCUUCUCCUUUGGUGUCUGCACCUGCAGACUUGAGUUGGCUCCCUUCAACAAAUGAAGGAGAGAUUAAGCCAGAUGCUCAAACAACAUCAUCAACUGUAUCUGAAUAUCUCAUUAUGGCACAGAAGCAGAGAACUCGAGCAUAUUUAGAACAUGAGUCUGAAGACUUGAUUCCGCCAUGUUUAACCAGUGAUUCAGAGAAGGGAGAAAUUAAGAGUAGAUCAUCACUAGCUGCAACACCUACACAAUUGUCCAUGGUAAAGGAAGAAACCAAACCUGUUUUGCCUGUAUCUCAGUGUUUAGUUUCACCUGAUUCAGUCCAUGCAAUUAAGCAAGAACAAGAACCCAAAACAUCACUCACUCCAAAAUCUGCAGAUGAACAGAUGGCUUUGUUAAAAGUUAAAAGUAAGGAAGAAAUUGUGCCUGAUUCUCAAGAAGCUAUAGCAAAUGUAUUAUGGGAUCAAGAAAUGGAACCUCAGCCUCCAAAUGUUCCAGAGUCUGGGAUGAAAGAUUCAGUUCUGCCUGACUUGGUAGAUGAGCCAAAGAAGGAUGUCAAACCCAAUUUAGCUCCAACUAUGACAUCUGAACUAGAACAGAGAAGGUUGUCAGAGAAUGAGCCUGAAGUAAUAAAGCCAUAUUUACCUCUAAAGGAAACAUCUUUAUCUGGACCUGAGAUUUGUGUUGCAGAAGUGCAACAUGAUUCUAAAAUAACUGGUACACCUACAGUGCUGCAUUCAGCAUCACCAGGAGUGGAAAAGGAAGUUGAGCAUGCACCACCCAUAUCAGAAUUUUCAGCUUUGUCAGAAGACAUAAAGAAAGAAAUUGAACCCAGUUCUUCAAUAACCAUGACAUCUGUAACAAAGCAUGAUUCAAGCUUAACCAAAUUAGCAAAAGAAGAAAUCCCAACAGAUUUAUCUCUUACCACCCCUAUAGAAUAUCCAGUCUUAACAAAAGUAGGAAAGAGUGAAUUAGGAAUUGGUUUGCUGCUUCAGAUGGUAACAUCUGUAGAUAAGCAUUCACUUCUUAAAGAAGAAGACAAGGUAGCAAUUAAAGCUAGUUCUCCCACUGAAACUGCUGCAUCCCAAUCUCCAGCUUGGUCAGAAGUAGGGAAAGAAAUUAAAUUUGAUUUACCGGCAAGCAUAUCCUCUAUACCAGAGCGUUCUGUUUUGUCAAAGGUAGAAACUGAAGACAUUAAACCUGGGUUGGCAGUAACCAAAACAUUGUCUUCUCAGCAUUCAGAUGUAUCAAAGGAAGCAAGGGUGGAAAACAAACAAGAUCUUUCAUUUUCUACAGUCCUCGACCCUGAAUAUUUGGAUGUAUCACAGCAGAAAAAUUCUAUGUCUGCCUCAGAGAUGUCAGGACCUGACCAUGUGCUUUCGCUCAACCUAGGUGGUGAGAUAAAGAAAACAGAAACUGAACUUCCUUCCUCACAGAACGUGUCACCUGCACUCAAAUCUAUUGUUACAAAAGGCAAAAAUGAGCAAACAGCAAGUUCUUUUCCUGAGUUAGAAUAUUUAGCAUCAGAAGAUUUAGCUUCAACAUUACCAACCCUCUGUGGUGAUAAGAGCAAACAGGCAAUGGAGACACCUUCUAUAGUUCAGGGAGAUUUCCUGUCAGAAAAACAAGAUCUUGCUCUGGCACAACUCUCUUUGGAACCUGAGAAGGAAGACAAGCCACAUCAAGUAUCAGAAUUACCAAAUUCUGGCUCUGAAUUCACUGGUGGUUUAGGUAGGCAAAGUGAAUCCAUAGAUACAAAACAAAUAAAAUCUCCCAUAACUGAAACAGGGGAUUCUGUCUUAGAAAAGGGCCUAGCUGAACUUAGGAGCAGGGGAGAAGGAAAAGAAGAAAACAGGGGACUUCAUGUGUCAACUACAGUGCCUGAAAUUUCAGAGGUUUCAUCUUGCCUUAGGGAGGAACCUCAGAUUCAAGAAAUUAAAUCUUUCUCUCCUAAGGUAGUUAGCUUAGGAUCAAGGGAAGCAUUUACCUCUCUAGUUGAAGGAGACAACCCAGAAGAACUUCAGCCACACACUUUUUCAUUAAAAGGAUUAUCAGGAGAGUUGAACCAUUCAGUUGACUUUAAAAAAGAAGGAAAACAAGAAAUAAGCCUGUUACUGCCAACAGGAAAUUUGAAGGCACAAGUGACAGAUAGUACUGUAACUAAACUAAAUGAAGGAACUGACCAACCAAAUUCAUUUCACGUACCCCAGAGUAUUACAGAGCCAUCAAAGAUUGCUUCUUCUGACCUCCCUGUGGAAGAAGAGAAGCCUGAAAAAGAACUUCAUUCAGACCAAGCUGUUAAAUUACCUGACGUAAACAGAUCUUUUGCAGAUAAACAAGAUAUGGGUAUUAAACAAUUUUUGUCUAUGAAAGAAAAUUUGCCUUUGGAAGAAUCAAAAUCAUUUAUGACAACUGAGCCUACAGAUGUUAAAGAAACACACAUGAAAGAGGCCCUUAUUUCUCCAAAGGAUGAAAAUUGGAUGCUGAAAAAGCCAGAGAGAGACUUGGCAAGUCAUCAUGAAGAAAGAGUCCCUGGAUCUGUGCAGCUGGGUUCCUCUGGUACCAGUGAUCUGAUGACAGGGCAGCUCAAGCCUGCUCUGUCAGAGAAAGACCAUGCAACUGAAAUCAGAAGGCAAAUUCUGCCACAUUCUGCAGAAGAAUCUCACAUAUCGUUACAAGAACCAGUGUCUACUCUCGAUACCUCUAGUGGUAACGUAGAGACCUUAGCAACUAAAACUUAUUCUUUUGAAGAAGUAAAGCUGGCCCCCAAACCAAAAUCUUUAGUUCCAGCUGGAAAUGUGGAGAGAAAAGAAGCAGAAGGGAAGCAGACCCUUUCUUUAGUGGGGAGUGAAAGUUUGGUAUCGGAGGAAGCAAACACAGAAUUUUCCGGGCCUUGCAAAGAAGACAGCUGGGAAGAAAUCAAAACACCAUCUGAAAGAAUCCUCCAGAAACCAGUGUCUGGCCCAUCAACAGAAGAGGUCAAAUCAGAAACUCUUUGCUCUCUUCCCAAAGCAGCCCAUUUCCUGGCAGAAGAGGCAGAACUUGCACUGGGCAAUGAAGAAGAAGCACACAGGCGUAUAUCUCCCUUACCUGGAGGAGAAUCAAAAGUGGUUCAGUCAAAGGUUGUAGAUGAUGCUGAGAGAGGGAAACCAGCAUCUGAAGUGAAAACACCCACACAAAUAAAACCCCUCUCCUCAACCCAAGAAAAUGAAGAACCUCAACCCCCAGAGUCACCUGAGGUCAUACAAAAGCUGCCCAAGCAGCAGAAGGCAGUGGAGCCAGGCCUCUCUGAGGAAAAGGGAAAGAAAGGAAUUUCAUCUUUCACAUCGUGCAUGUCCAGUUUAUUUUUACAAUCAAGCACUCCAGAUAACAAAGUUGCUGAAAAAGAAGAUUUAGAAGCUCAGCCAAGCCCAUCUGUAGAAAAAGCAGUGACUGUGAUAGAGCCUAGAGGUCCUGCACCAGCUGACGUUCAUGCAACUGAGCAGCCAGUGGAUCACCUAUUGCUAGAGGCCAAACCUGAAACUGCUGCAGAAUCCACAGGUUCUUUAGUUAAAUCUGGUGAAGGUCAAGACUUUAAAGAAAAACCCACAUUGUUAUCAAAUGUAGAAGUUUUGCCACAGACAAAAUCCAACUUUGAGGCAUCUAGUGAAGAUUAUGGGAAGAAAGAAGUCCUAGACUAUUCAGAGGAAAUGGACCUAAACUCAGAAGUUACUUCUGCUGAUGGUGAGGGACAUCUUAGAAUUCAAUCUUAUUCUCCCAUGGGUGAGGAAUCCGUUAUGGAAGAAGCCAAAAAUGCUGUUCAUCUUCAUAUCACUGAUGGUAAAAGACCCCAGAAGCCAGAAAUCUCCCCUCCACCUAAAUGGAGUAUUUCUAUCCUUAAAGAAGAGCCAGGAAGUGAUCAAAAAGAAAAAUCACUCUUUUUAUUUGAUGCAAUAGAUAAGGUGCCACAACAGCCAAAAUCAGCUUCAUCUAGCUUUGCAAGUAAAAAUAUCACAGAGGAAUCAGAGAAGCUGCAGUCAAUAAUUUUGCCAGUAGAAGAAUCUAAAGACAGUUUAAUUGAUCUUGGUGAAGACAGACUAGAGAAAGAGACGCCAAAACCUACUUCCUUGAAAAUUUCUGAAGAGGAAAUAAAACUCAGAUCUGUUAGCCCAACUGAGGAGAAAGGUGACUUGGGAAUGAGAUCAUAUUCCUUGGAAGAAAAGAAGGUGCUGGCAGAAAAACAAGAAACGGUGGCCCCAUUAGAGCUUAGAGGUAAUAAUGAAAUAGAAAAGGCACAAAUUACACAUGGAUCUAGCCCUAUUAAAUUGGAAGAACCAAAAGCUGCUACUGCACUGCAGCAAGUCUAUCAAAAUGAUGACCACAAAGAAAUUAUUGAGGAGGGUAAAGGAGAAGAAAAAGAGGAGCAGUCACAUGCAUUUUUAGAAGGAAAAGAGCAGCAGGAAAUUCAGCCUUAUUCCAUGAAUAUAGCCAGGCAUAUGCCUGAAGAGUCAGAUAUCUCUUUCAGUCAUUCUUUGGGUGAAACUCAACCAUUUUCAUUAGUUAAAACUACAGAAAUUACUGAAAAAUCAGAAACCGUGAUCUCAGAGGCUCACCCAGAAAUCAGGCAAACAAAGGCAGUGGGAACCCAACCACAUCCAUUAGAAGAAUGUAAAGUUUUGGUGGAGAAAACCAAGACUUUCCUUCCAGUAGAUCUUCCUUAUCGUGAUGAAAUAAGUGAUCACUCUUUACCGAAGGAAGGAAAUCUUGUAUUGGACAAGUCAAGCAUGGAUGUGAUAAGUCACAAUGAAGAAAAGGGACAGGUCACAGCGUCAGAGCUGCCAAAAGGUGGCUCAGUAGAUACCACAAAAGAAAGUAAACAAGGAUCUCCAUCUAAAGAAUCUGAAAGGAUUUUAGAUCCAUGGUCAGAAUUGACUCCAGAGAGGCAUAUGGUCCAUACUAUUCAAACAUCUCAAGAUCAAGCAUCUGAAAUGUCUGAACAAUCUGUUCUUGUUUCAAAGCACCACUUGGAAGCUGUGGAAGAUGCCCAUGUAAAUGAACCAUGCUCUUCAGUGAGCAGCAACUAUGCUCAAUUUAUAACUAAUGCAUCAGCAAUCAGUAUUGAUGAGAUGAUUUCCAAGGAGCCUGAAGACACAUAUGUAAGAGAUGAAGAAUUUACAGUGACUAGUAAGCCAGCUGGACUUUCAGAGGAGCAAAAGAGUGCCUUCAGUAUCAUUUCUGAAGGUUGUGAGAUAUUGAACAUUCAUGCUCCUGCAUUUAUUUCUUCAGUUGAUGAGGAAGAAAGUGAACAAAUCCAAGAUAAGUUAGAAUAUUUGGAAGAGAAGGCCUUAUUUAAGCCUAUACCCUUCCAUGAUGAGAGUGAGGCAGUUGCUUGCUAUAAAACAUUACAGAGUGAGUUAGAAGAUUCUGAUAAAAAAGUUGCACCAUCGAAAGAAGACCAAAAAAAGGAAACUCAUACAACCAAAGAGGAGAUAUCCACAGAUUCAGAAACUGGUGAUUUAGCCUUUAAUCAGCCUUCAAUUCCCAGUGAAGAGGAUUAUUUUGAAAAAUAUACAUUGAUUGAUUAUAACAUCUCCCCAGACCCAGAAAAACAAAGAACUCCAUGGAAAUUAAAUGUUGAAGGAGAGCUGUCAAAGGAAGUUCCAGGAGAAACUGUCUCUCUUCCAGAACGUUCAGAGGAAAGUGCCCUAGAAUAUGAAUAUGAAUUGGUGAAAUUAGAUGAAAGUUUUUAUGGACUAGAAAAGGACUACAGCAAAUUAUCUGACCCAGAGACCCAACAGUCUUCGGUUAUCCAAAAGUCAGCUGACAGAGAUGCUCCAAAGAGCAUAAAUAGAGAUGUGGACUCAAAGUCACCUGGGAUGCCUUUAUUUGAUGAAGAGGAAGGAGUUUUGUCACGAACCCAGAUAUUUCCUACCACUGCUAAAGCCAUUAAUCCUGAACUUCUGGAGGAGCCACCUGCACUGGCAUUUUUAUAUAAAGAUCUGUAUGAAGAAGCAGUUGGAGAGAAAAAGAAAGAAGAGGAGACAGCUUCUGAAGGUGACAGUGUGAAUUCUGAAGCAUCAUUUCCAAGCAGAAAUUCUGACACUGAUGAUGGAACAGGAAUAUAUUUUGAGAAGUACAUACUCAAAGAUGACAUUCUCCAUGACACAUCUGUAACUGAUAAGGACCAAGACCGAGGUCUAGAAGAAAAGCCAGUUGGUAAGGAUGAUUCAUACCAAUCAAUAAUUGAAGAAGGGGAAAUUUGGGGGAGGUUUGAAACUAUUUGCGUGGAGGAGAGUCUGGAAGAGAAACAGAAAGCAGCUUACAGGGAAGGAGAAUCAGUAGGCCAUGUGGAGGCUCUUGACAGUGUAGCUAUGCAGAGGAAAGCUUCCAUCACCGAGGAAGUCAGAGUGGUUACCCAGAGGGUAAGCUAUGCAGUUCCAUUUGAAGACACUCAUCAUGUCCUGGAGAGAGUAGAUGAAAUGAGCAGCCAGACUAAUGAAGCAGCAAAUGCAAAUCCAGAGGUCAGUCUGAAUGUCCCAGUACAAGUGUCCUUCCCAGAGGAAGAAUUUGCAUCUGGUGCAACUUGUGUUCAAGAAACACUGCAAGAAGAACCUCAAAUAAUGGUUCCCCCUGAGCUGAGUGAAGACCGGCUCCGCAGUAGCCCUGUUCAGGAUGAGUAUGAAUUUGCUGAAUCCCUGAAUUACGAAGUGGUUACUCAAGACACUUUAUCAGAAGAACUGUAUUCAGAAUCCACCCCUGAAGAUGUGUUAUCUCAAGGAAAGGAAUCCUUUGAACAUGUCAGUGAAAAUGAAUUUGUGAGUGAGAUGGAACAAAGUAAGUCUGCUGAACAGGAAGAGUGGGACAGAGAGAUGACAGAACAAGACCAGUUAUCCUCAGAGUUGGUAACUGAGAAGGAACAAAAGGAGUUGAAAAAGUCCCAGAUUGACACAUAUUGCCUCACAUGUAAAAGCCCAAUUUCUGCUGUUGACAAGAUGUUUGGUACCCACAAAGACCAUGAGGUUUCAACGCUUGAUACAGCUAUAAGUGCUGUAAAGGUUCAAUUAGCAGACUUUCUAGAAGAUUUACAAGAAAAAUCCUUGAGGAUUGAAGCCUUCGUUAGUGAGAUAGAAUCCUUUUUUAAUACCAUUGAGGAAAACUGUAGUAAAAAUGAGAAAAGCCUAGAAGAACAGAAUGAGGAAAUGAUGAAAAAGGUUUUAGCGCAGUAUGAUGCGAAAGCCCAGAGCUUUGAGGAAGUGAAGAAAAAGAAGAUGGAGUUCCUACAUGACCAGAUGGUCCACUUUCUGCAGAGCAUGGACACUGCCAAGGACACCCUGGAGGCCAUCGUGAGAGAAGUCGAGGAGCUUGAUGAGACUGUUUUCUUAACUGAAAUCAAUGAAAGGUUGCUUUCUGCAAUGGAGAGCACUGCUUCUUUAGAGAAAAUGCCUGCUGCGUUUUCACUUUUUGAACAUUAUGACGACAGUUCGGCAAGAAGUGACCAGAUGUUAAAACAAGUGGCUGUUCCACAGCCUCCUAGAUUAGAACCUCAGGAACCAAAUUCUGCCACUAGCACAACAAUUGCAGUUUACUGGAGCAUGAACAAGGAAGAUGUUGUUGACUCAUUCCAGGUUUACUGCAUGGAGGAGCCACAAGAUGACCAGGAAGUAAAUGAUUUGGUAGAAGAAUACAGAGUGACCGUGAAAGAAAGCUACUGCGUUUUUGAAGAUUUAGAACCUGACCGAUGCUAUCAAGUAUGGGUAAUGGCUGUGAAUUUCACCGGAUGUAGCCUGCCCAGCGAAAGGGCAAUUUUUAGAACAGCGCCCUCCACCCCUGUGAUCUGUGCUGAGGACUGUACUGUGUGUUGGAACACGGCCACCAUCCGAUGGCGGCCUGCCAACCCAGAGGCCACUGAGACCUACACUUUGGAGUACUGCAGACAGCACUCUCCCGAGGGCGAGGGCCUCAGAUCUUUCUCUGGAAUUAAAGGACUCCAACUGAAAGUUAACCUCCAACCCAAUGACAAUUACUUUUUCUACGUGAAAGCCAUCAGUGCAUUUGGGACAAGUGAACAGAGUGAAGCUGCCCUCAUUUCCACCAGAGGAACGAGAUUUCUCCUGCUGAGGGAAACGGCUCAUCCAGCUCUGCAGAUUUCCUCAGAUGGGACAGUGAUCAGCUUCGCUGAGAGGAGACGGCUGACAGAAAUCCCAUCAGUGCUGGGUGAGGAGCUGCCUGCCUGUGGCCAGCACUACUGGGAAACCACUGUCACAGACUGCCCAGCGUACCGACUGGGCAUCUGCUCCAGCUCGACGGUGCAGGCCGGUGCCCUGGGACAAGGAGAGACCGCGUGGUACAUGCACUGCUCUGAGCCGCAGAGAUACACAUUUUUCUACAGUGGCAUUGUGAGCGAUGUCCACGUGACGGAGCGUCCCGCCAGAGUGGGCAUCCUACUGGACUACACCACCCAAAGGCUCCUGUUUAUAAACUCUGAGACUGGACAGUUGCUCUUCAUCAUCAGGCACAGGUUUAAUGAGGGCGUCCACCCUGCCUUUGCUCUGGAGAAACCCGGAAAAUGCACUUUGCACCUGGGAAUAGAGCCCCCAGAUUCUGCAAGGCACAAGUGAUCGUUGACUUUUAGAGUUUGCAAGAACAAAAUUCAAAUUUGGGGGGUCCGUUGUUCUUUCCUGUGGGUGCUAGACAUUAUUCAAAACGUCUUCUGGGGCUUCCCUGGUGGCGCAGUGGUUGAGAGUCCACCUGCCAAUGCAGGGGACAGGGAUUCGUGCCCUGGUCCGGGAAGAUCCCACAUGCCGCGGAGCGGCUGGGCCCGUGAGCCAUGGCCGCUGAGCCUGCGCGUCCGGAGCCUGUGCUUCGCAACGGGAGAGGCCACAACAGUGAGAGGCCCAUGUACUGCAAAAAACAAAACAAAACAAAACAAAAAACAAACAAACAAAAGUCUUCUUCACAUUAGCACUAGUAAUAGCUCCAUGCACAGUGAUCAGCAUGCAAGCAAAACCACCAAGAAAACUGUGACUUUCCAGAGCGUCACGUGAGUAAAGAGGAUGGAAAAAGCGAUCUCCGCCUUUUGGUUUAUAUACGUUUGAGUUCUUCCCUAAGUUGAAAGGAUUUAUAUCUGACUUGGGAAUCAGAAUAGUGAAAUGGACUCCCACCUGUUUCACUGGUAAAAGAAAUCCUCAGAUAGACAGGUCUGAGUGAAGGGAAGGUUGUGCUGGUGAUACAUCUCCUCCGACAAGAAACACUGGCCUUUUCCACAAGAAAAAUGUCACCUCACUUCACCAAAGGAUGCGGAGUGCUAAUCAGCAGAGAAAGUGUUUUAACCAUUCAAAGCUGAUAACGAACUGUUUUGUAAUCAUUAUAUACUGUAGAAGACGAGUCUCUUUUCCCUGAAAUUUUAAAUGUAGAAAAGUGCUAGAUAUUAGAAAUUUCCAUUUUGUUAAAUAAAUGGUUAGAGUCUAUAAAACAAAACAUGUUAUGUGAACUUACUGCAUGUGACUUGUGAGUCUGGCAUCUCUG